CUGCAGAUCAACACAAAUCCUCCUGUUUUCUCAAGCAGCAGCAGUCAGCUUUCACCCAGCCGCCCGGCGCGUCCUGCGCUCCCCCAUUCCCGGAUCAUAAUCACCCGUGCGCUUGAACAAACUGCCUUCGUGUUGGACUUUACGGAAUCAUUGUGCUGCUGCGUUGAGCUCCGGGAUUCUGCUGCACCUGUUCACUUUGCGGAUCUGUGAAAUGGAUAGAUAGAUAGAUAGAUAGAUAGAUAGAUAGAUAGAUAGAUAGAUAGAUAGAUAGAUAGAUAGAUAGAUAGAUAGAUAGAUAGAUAGAUAGAUAUCUCAGAGAGAGAGAGAGAGAGAGAGAGAGAGAGAGAGAGAGAGAGAGAGAGUAUGAGGCAAAUUUUUAAGUCUGAAGGAGCGAUGUGACGUUGGAUUCCUCCUACAGCUCGCCGGCUACAAUGGACCUCCAAAUCAAACACUGAAACCUCACUGCUCAAGACACAAUGGUCCUUAUUUUUUUUGUAACAGAAGCUCCAGACACAAACAAUUCAACAGUGACCCAUGACACUGGGGACUCGUACCACACACACAUCCUGCCCAUACUGCUGGGGCUGUCCGUCUUGCUGCUUUUUCUAGGGUUGCUGACCUGGUUUUGCCACAGGUUGAAAGGCCAAAGGAAAGCUGUCAUCACAGCCGUCGACAAGAAAGUACCAAAUGGGAUCCUGGAAGAGCAAGAGCAACAGACGGUGGUCUUACUGCCAAGAUCCCCUUCCACAUCCAAAAAUUAUUUCCCCAUCCCAGUAGACAACUUGGAAGAAGAGUAUCGGAUACGCUCGGCCGAUGAUGGGAAGCUCUUCCGGGAAGAGUAUAACUCAAUACCAGGGGGUUCGAAGCAAGGGACAUUUGAUGAGGCCAAUAAAGAAGAAAACAAAGAGAAGAACCGAUAUCCAAACAUCUUACCAUAUGAUCAUUCCAGAGUGAUUUUAACACCGAUCGAUGGCGUCCCGUGUUCAGAUUAUAUCAACGCAUCAUAUAUUGACGGCUAUAAAGAUAAGAAUAAGUUCAUUGCAGCACAAGGUCCGAAACAAGACACGGUUGCAGAUUUCUGGAGAAUGAUAUGGGAACAGAAAUCAGCCACUAUUGUAAUGCUAACCAAUCUGAAAGAGAGGAAAGAGGAUAAGUGUUAUCAGUAUUGGCCGGAUCAGGGAUGCUGGACGUACGGUAACGUGCGUGUCGCCGUGGAAGACUUUACAGUACUGGUGGACUACACCAUACGCAAAUUCUGUGUGCAAUAUCAGGCCAGCGACGGCACCAAAACUCCCCGUCUGGUCACGCAGCUUCACUUCACCAGCUGGCCUGACUUCGGCGUUCCCUUCUCGCCCAUCGGCAUGCUCAAGUUCCUGAAGAAGGUGAAGCAGGUGAACCCGUCGUACGCCGGGCCCAUCGUGGUGCACUGCAGUGCUGGCGUGGGCAGGACAGGAACGUUCAUCGUCAUUGAUGCCAUGAUUGACAUGAUGUACACAGAACAGAAGGUGGACGUCUCCGGUUUCGUGUCACGGAUACGCGAGCAGAGAUCACAGCUCAUUCAGACAGAUUUGCAGUACGCAUUCAUCUAUCAGGCUCUGCUGGAGUACUUCCUGUACGGGGACACAGAGCUGGACGUGUCCUCUCUGGAGGGACACCUGCAGAAACUCCACAACACCAAUGCUCCACUUGACCGCGUGGGCCUGGAGGAGGAGUUUAGGAAACUGACAAACAUGCGUAUUAUGAAGGAAAACAUGAGGACGGGAAACCUGCCUGCCAACAUGAAGAAGAACAGAGUCCUUCAGAUCAUUCCAUAUGAUUUUAACCGAGUCAUCCUAUCGAUGAAAAGAGGUCAGGAGUUCACCGAUUAUGUCAACGCAUCUUUCAUUGAUGGGUACCGGCAGAAGGACUAUUUCAUCGCCACACAGGGUCCUCUGUCACACACGGUGGAUGAUUUCUGGAGGAUGGUUUGGGAAUGGAAGUGUCACUCAAUUGUGAUGCUAACAGAACUGCAGGAGAGAGAUCAGGACAAGUGUUUUCAGUACUGGCCUUCUGAGGAUUCAGUGACUUACGGGGACUUCACAGUGGAGAUUAAAGGAGACACGCUGUGCGAGACGUUUAGCCUCAGAGAUCUGGUGCUCACAUACGGCCCGGAGAAACAGACACGUUUGGUUCGGCACUUUCAUUUCCACGGCUGGCCAGAGAUCGGAAUCCCAGCCGAAGGAAAAGGGAUGAUCGACAUCAUCGCAUCGGUGCAGAAACAACAGCAGCAGUCGGGCAACCACCCCAUCGCCGUGCACUGCAGUGCCGGAGCGGGUCGGACCGGUACGUUUAUCGCUCUCAGUAAUAUUCUGGAGCGAGUGAAAGCCGAGGGUUUGCUGGAUGUGUUUCAGACUGUGAAAAGUUUACGAAUGCAGCGGCCACACAUGGUGCAGACAGUGGAACAGUAUGACUUCUGCUACAGAGUGGUACAGGACUUUGUCGACAUUUUCUCAGACUAUGCCAAUUUCAAAUGAUCUGAUCUGCCUUAAAUGUUUGAGUUUGAUGCUUUUUUACACGUCAGUCGAUCAGGAUUUUACACCGCGACUGGAAGAUAAUUGCGCUCUAUUUUGCUAUGCACUUCUCCUCAAUGUUACUAAAUGACCAUAUCUAUCUGUAAUAUACUAAGGCUACUAAAGUUUUAAAAACUGUACAUUGUUCCGUCUCCUUUAUAAUAUAUUUAAAUGGGUUAUUUUAUUUUAUUUCGGUCUUAAAUCAUCUCUCUGAUGAUGGAUCCAUUCCAGUUGGGCUUCUGUUGUUAUUGUAAAAUAGUGUUUCGUCUGUUUGUUUGUUUGUUCGACUAAUUAUUUUUAUUUUUUAUCAAGCGAUUGGUGUAGAAUUUGUAAAGCUGUAGCCAGGUGGUAUGUAUUUAUGCACUGUUGCAGACAGGACAUCCUGCGAGAUAACGCAUGUAUGUGAAUGUCCCAUGCCAUUUUAUUUAUUAGAUGCAGAGUUGUUGUCUUACAUUUUAUGAAAGAUAUCAUUGUCAAAAAAGUUUUUUUUUUUAUUCCUGUCUUUAACAUUGUGCUCAUCAGCCAUUGCAAAUGUGAACUUUUUAAGAACUUUUGUUUGCCAAGCAGAAAAUACAACACCCAUCACAUUGAGAGAGCGAGUUUUAUUGGUAUUAUACCAAGUAUUAUUGGUGAGAAAGGCACAAACACAUUUUCAUGGUUUAACAUCAGCAAGAAUUUAUAUUAGAUAUGAUCUUGCACAGAAACAGCAACUGUAUGAGACUCGUGACCUCUGACCUUAAACGUCCUGCCUCUGUUUCCCUGAGAAUGAUGCUGAGAAAAACGGCACAGGUUUUUAAAGCACACACAUCACCGAUUGUUUGCCUUGCAGGAGGCCAAGGAUUUACAAAUACAUGAACAAAUGCAUUAUGAAAUCA